UAAACUGUCGUAAAGUGACGUUUGAGUAAAACUUUGCGACACACUGCGACGUCAUCAAACGGCGCCCGUGUUGUGACAACACAAACAGAACCCAACGGCGAAGCUAGUGGUGAAGUUUGGACGCCAACCCCUGUCUCUGAUGUUGAGCGUUUGGCUCUGCAGAACUGAAUGAGGUGCAACCUUCUGCCAGUGCUGUUUUGUAAGUACUGCUGCUGCCAGGAUGGGCCAGCAGCUCUCAGGUCAGGCGGUGAUGACCCGUCUGCCUGAGAAGCUGGUGAAACACGCAGGACUGGUACGUGACAGCGGCUAUCUAACGUAUGAGGAGUUUCUGGCAAGAGUGGCUGAACUUAACGACGUUACGGCCAAGCUAGCUACUGGACAGCAGCAGAAGCACCUGCUGUUUGAGGUGCAGCCAGGAUCCGAUGCCACAGCCUUGUGGAAGGUGGCUGUCAGAGUCCUCUGUACCAAGAUCAACAAGGAGAAUGGUAUGGUGGAAGCAUCACGCAUCAUGAACCUGUACCAGUUCAUCCAGCUGUACCGUGACAUCACCAGCCAGGCUGCUGAGGUGCUGUCUGCAGAGGGCGCCACCGAGGGCCCGUCUGCCCAGCUCCCCUCCACAGACUCCUGCCAGGCCAGCAUGUGGAUGGGCAGAGUGAAGCAGCUGACCGAUGAGGAGGAGUGCUGUAUCUGCAUGGACGGAAAGGCCGACCUUAUUCUGCCCUGCGCACACAGCUUCUGUCAGAAGUGCAUUGAUAAAUGGAGUGGGCAGAGCCGAAACUGUCCAAUAUGUCGCCUGCAAGUGACUGCUGCCAAUGAAUCAUGGGUAAUGUCUGAUUUCCCCACAGAGGACGACAUGGCUGGCUACAUCCUCAACUUGGCUGAUGAGGCGGGCCACCCACACAGGCCUUAACACACAGCACAGUAAGCCAACUACUGUAGAUGACAAGGCAAAUUGACCCGUACCAAGUAGACUUUACAUGUUGCAACACAAAAUGUCACUUUCACUGAGGAAGAGAUUUUUUCUUUUCCUAAAAAGCUAGCAACGCAGAAGAAACCAGCCAGUUUCCUACUACUUAUGCUCUUAGUGACAGCUUCGGAAAAUGAAACCUUGUCUCUUUUGAGUCCUAAAAAAUCCCAGGAUGCUCUUUGUAACCCAAGUAUUGUAGAUGUGGUGCUUUAUGGGAACUGUGUGUGAUCAUAUGUUGUCUAGAGUGAAAAUUCAGUACUCGUAAUAUGUUAUAAUAAAUUCUAAUCUAUUAAUUUAACACACAGAAUAACCAAAAGCACAUGUCUUACAGUUCGGGUUAAUUUAACCAACGUGGGAGAAGAAGACUUGUGUUGGGAUUAACCAGGCACUUUAUAAUAGGAAUCCUGAAUCCUUCAUGUUAAUAUGAAUGGGACAGAAGCUGAAAAGGAGCCAAACUAAGGUCAGCCCUCGUAUUCAGAGAGGGUUAUUCAUAAUCGUAAAAUUUAAAUGAAUAGUACGACGUUUUAGAAAAUACGCUUAUUCGAAUUCUAGGGGAGAAUUAGAUGAGAAGAUCGAUACCACUCUCAGGCCUGUCUGUGAACUAUAAAGCCACAGCCAGCAGGCGGUUAGCUUAGCGUAGCACAAAGACUGGAAACAGAGGGAAACAGCUAGCCUGACUCUGUCCAAAGGUAACAAAUCCUCCUGCCAGCACCUCUAAAGCUCACUGAUAAACACAUUUUAUCUCGUUUGUUUAACCGUACCAGAACCAAAAUGUACAAACAAACGUAUAAUGUGGUAAUUAACAAUAAGGUUAGUUGUUUUCCCCCUGUUUCCAGGCUUUGUGCAAAGCUGAGCUAACCGCCUACUGAUUGUAGCCUUAUAUUUAACAGACAGACAUAAGAGUGUUAUCGACCUUCUCAUCUAACUCUCUGCCAGAAAGUGAAUAAGCUUAUUUCUCAAAAUGUCUAACUUUUGCUCUAAGUGCAAAUCUAAGACACAGAAUUUCUGGUCAAACUAUAAAACCAAAUUUAUUUUGCACCUCUAAAGCUUUUCUGUAGUCUGUGCAAUGUAACCCUGCAUGUUUAUAUCCCACAUGACAUGCCGUAUGAGCCCUGUUAUGUGAACCUGUUAUAAACUGAUGUUCUGAUCCAGUUCAGAACCUGACAUAAUGACUGACCAUCUUUUGGGUGUACAGGACUAAAUAGUUUUAUAUGAUUUUAAUGACUUGGCUUGCUGUGGUCUUCUUCAAUGUUGGAAAUCACCACUAUUUGUGUUUAUGCUGUAUACAUUUUUAUUUUACCAUAAUUUUGUCACAGUUAUUUUAAUCUGCUGUAGAAGUACUGUAGUUUACAUUCCCAAAACAACCAGUCUUGUCUUUGCUCUGCUUUGUCAUGCCUAUGAUGAAAGAAUAAAGAGAUUUAUUGAGGUA